AUGGACGCACAAAAGUCAAAAUCAAGUUCCACGACAAGGAAGCAUGGUAAUCAACCGCGACAACGCAUGGUUCAAAAUCACCUCUUAGUUUGGGUGGAUGCCAACAUCGAUGAAAAGGGUCAAGACUGUCAGAACACUUUGACACACUUACGAAGUGUUGUCAAUGAUGUCAAUAUAUACACUCAACCAGAUGCUUGCGUUCAAUUCCUCAACAGCAUUGGUGACGAAAAGGCUUUCGUCAUCACAUCGGGAUCCUUAGGGCAACACUUAGUUCCCGAGAUUCACGACAUACCACAAGUGAAUGCCAUCUACAUCUUCUGUGGCGACAAAUCCAAGCAUGAAACCUGGACAAAGAGCUGGUCAAAAGUCAAAGGUCCUCACACAAAUAUCAAAGAAAUCUGUGAAGCACUGACCACGGGUGUUAAACAAUAUAAUCAAGACUCGAUCGCCAUGAGUUUUGUCACCGCAAGAGGAGAGAGUUCCAAUGCCAAUCUCAAUCAACUAGAACCCAGUUUUAUGUACACGCAAAUAUUGAAGAAGAUUCUCCUCGACAUGGAGCAUGACCAGCAAGCAAUCAAAGACCUGGCCAAUUACUGUCGUCAGCGUUUUCAAGGCAACAUCGAAGAGCACAAGGUUAUCGAUGAGUUUGAAGGUAACUAUCGUCCGGACAAGGCCAUUUGGUGGUAUACACGUGAGUGUUUUACCUACCAAAUACUCAAUCAAGCACUUCGCACUUUGGAUGGCGAAGUCAUUAUUAACAUGGGAUUCUUUCUCCAUGAUUUACACAAACAAAUACAACAGCUACAUCAAGCACAGGUCAGUAGUUACAGACGAAAACCUUUCGCCGUUUACCGUGGACAGGGACUAUAUAAGACAGAUUUUGACCAGUUAUCCAAAACUGUAGGUGGUCUUUUAUCGUUCAACAACUUUUUAUCCACCAGUAUCAAACAAGAGAAAUCUCUUGUGUUUACCUACAGCGCUCUCGGUGAUCCCGACAAGGUGGGUGUUCUCUUCGUGAUCACCAUCGAUCCCAAUAUUCCUAGUACUCCAUUCGUAUCGAUUGGGGAUCUUAGUUAUUUCGAAGACGAAGCAGAGAUCCUGUUUUCCAUGCACAGUGUGUUUCGAGUUGGCACAGUUCGACAAAUGGGUGACAAGAAUAAACUUUACCAUGAGGUGCAACUUCAGUUGACUGCUGAUGACGAUCCACAACUCCGUGUGUUAACCGACCGUAUUGAAAGUGAAGUUCGAGGUAGUACAGGAUGGCAGCGUUUGGGUAGAUUAUUGCUUAUACUCGGGCAGUUGGAUAAAGCAGAAGAACUCUACACUGUGUUAUUGGAACAAACGUCUGAUAAGAAUGACAGAGCACUCUAUUAUCAACAACUUGCAUACUUAAAAUAUGAUCAAGGUGAUUAUAAAAUGGCUACAGAAUACUAUGGAAAAGUACUUGAAAUUAGAGAAAAAGCUCUUCCCUCGAAUCACCCUUCAUUGGCUAGUUCGUACAACAACAUCGGGGCGGUGUACCACAACAUGGGAGAGUAUUCGAAAGCGCUUUCAUUCCAUGAAAAAGCACUUGAAAUUAGAGAAAAAACUCUUCCUUCGAAUCACCCUGAUUUGGCUAAUUCGUACAACAACAUCGGUGCGGUGUACCACAACAUGGGAGAGUAUUCGAAAGCACUUUCAUUCCAUGAAAAAGCACUUGAAAUUACGGAAAAAACUCUUCCUUCAAAUCACCCUGAUUUGGCUAGUUCGUACAACAACAUCGGUGCGGUAUACCACAACACGAGAGAGUAUUCGAAAGCGCUUUCAUUCCUUGAAAAAGCACUUGAAAUCCAAGAAAAAGCUCUUCCUUCAAAUCACCCUGAUUUGGCUACGUCGUACAACAACAUCGGUGCGGUGUACCACAACAUGGGAGAGUAUUCGAAAGCGCUUUCAUUCCAUGAAGAAGCACUUGAAAUUAGAGAAAAAACUCGUCCUUCGAAUCACCCUGACUUGGCUAUUUCGUACGGUAACAUUGGUGGGGUGUAUGACAACAUGGGAGAGUAUUCGAAAGCACUUUCAUUGUACGAAAAAGCACUUGAAAUCAAAGAAAAAACUCUUCAUUCGAAUCACCCUGAUUUGGCUAGUUCGUACAACAACAUCGGUUCGGUGUACAGGAAUAUGGAAGAGUAUUCGAAAGCACUUUCAUUCCUUGAAAAAGCACUUGAAAUUACGGAAAAAACUCUUCCUUCCAAUCACCCUGAUUUGGCUACGUCGUACAACCACAUCGGGGCGGUGUACAGGAAUCUGGGAGAGUAUUCGAAAGCACUUUCAUUCUAUGAAAAAGCACUUGAAAUCCAAGAAAAAGCUCUUCCUUCGAAUCACCCUCAUUUGGCUACUUCGUGCAACAGCAUCGGUUGGGUCUAUGACAAGAUGGGAGAGUAUUCGAAAGCGCUUUCAUUGUACGAAAAAGCACUUGAAAUUAGAGAAAAAGCUCUUCCUUCGAAUCACCCUGAUUUGGCUAUUUCGUACGGCAACAUUGUUGGGGUAUAUUACAACAUGGGAGAGUAUUCGAAAGCACUUUCAUUCCAUGAAAAAGCACUUGAAAUCCAAGAAAAAACUGUUCCUUCAAAUCAUCCUGAUUUGGCUACUUCGUGCAACAGCAUCGGUGGGGUCUAUGACAAGAUGGGAGAGUAUUCGAAAGCGCUUUCAUUGUACGAAAAAGCACUUGAAAUUAGAGAAAAAACUCUUCCUUCGAAUCACCCUGAUUUGGCUACGUCGUACAACAACAUCGGUUCGGUGUACAGGAAUAUGGGAGAGUAUUCGAAAGCACUUUCAUUCCAUGAAAAAGCACUUGAAAUCCAAGAAGAAACUCUUCUUUUGAAUCACCCUGAUUUGGCUACUUCGUACCACAACAUCGGUGCGGUGUAUGACAACAUGGGAGAGUAUUCGAAAGCACAUACCUAUUUGGAUCGCGCUUUGGACAUUUGGGAACGUGCAUUACCAGCGGAUCACCCUCGCAUAAAAUCUGUGAAAGAAAUUAUCGAAAAUUGUAAAAGGGCAAUGAAGAAAUAA